AUGCUCCUUUCCCUGCCACCACUGCGCUCCGUUCUCUCUCAUUCCGCAUCUUUCAAGCACGCACACCGCACCAUGACCACCCUCGCCGUCGAGAUCCAGCGACAGGGCGGCCCCGAGGUCCUCGAGGUCCGCGAGAUCCCCAAGCCCACCCCGACCCCGACCCAGGUCCUCGUCAGGAACGAAUUCUGCGGCGCCAACUACAUAGACACCUACCACUACAGCGGCCUGUACCCGCUCAAGUGUCCCGUCGUCAUCGGACAGGAGUCGGCGGGCGUCGUGGAGCAGGUCGGCGAGAUGGUGCAGAAGCUCAAGGUCGGCGACCGCGUCGUCAGCUACGGCGCCGGCAGCUACGCCCAGCACCGCGUCGUCGACGAAAACAUCCCCGUCCGCAUCCCGGACGGCAUCGACACGCGCAUGGCGGCCGCAUCGUACCUCCAGGGACUCACCGCCCUCACGCUGAUCCGCGAGGCGUACCCGGUGCAAAAGGGCGACUACGUCCUGGUCACGGCCGCUGCGGGCGGUGUGGGCCUGCUGCUGUGCCAGAUGGCCUCGGCGGUGGGCGCCCACGUGAUUGGCACCGUCUCGACCGAGGCAAAGGCCGAGCUGGCCAGGGCCAACGGCGCCGAGCACGCCCUCAUCUACCACGCGGAGCGGCUCGACGAGCUCGUAGCCCAGGUCGACAAGAUCACCGGCGGCAAGGGGUGCCAGGGCAUCUUUGACGGCGUCGGCAAGGACACGUGGGAGGCCAGCUUCGAGAUGAUCGCGCGCAAGGGCACCAUUGUCACCUUCGGCAACGCCUCGGGCGCCGUGCCCGCCUUCACCCCGCUCAAGCUGGCCGGCAAAAACGUCAAAGUGUGCCGCCCCACGCUCUUCAACUACAUCACCACGUCCGAGGAGCGCGAGACCUACUCGGCCGAGCUCUUUGACAUGAUCCAAUCGGGCAAGGUCAAGAUCCACGUGCAUGACGAGUACCCGUUUACCACCGAGGGCAUCCGAAAGGCCCUCGCCGAUAUCAAGUCGCGCGCCACCACCGGAAAGCUCAUCGUCAAGCUCUAA